UAAUUAACGUGAAUAUCACCAACUGUGUUUUAUACGAUAGAAAUAAUACUGAACCAAUCGUAUCGCCAAUAAAUAACGGUUUGUGUUUUAUUUGUGACAAAAUACCAAUUCCGAGUAGAAAUAUAAAUAUUAUGUAGAUAAACUGAUAACGUAUCAUUCGAGUCUAUUAUUUUACAAGUGCUCACGACAAUCGAGUGUGGUUAACCGUAUUUAGUUUGUAGGUUUUUUUGUGUAAAUAAACUGAAACAUGGCCGAUUACGGAUUUAAACAAGAAUAUCCACCAAAUAGUUGCCCACAAUGCCAGAGAAAUGUUACCCAUUAUCCGUCACAACCUGUCGCUUGUCCCCACCAUUCCCAUCAUGUACCACCAACAGGUCAACCUUCUUAUGCACCUCCUCCUCCAUAUAAUCCCUAUUAUAAUGGAAACUCACCGUCAGUGUAUCCACAACUCCCAACGUAUCCUCAACCCCCAACGUAUCCACAACCUCCAACGUAUCCACAACCCCCAAUGUAUCCACAACCCCCAACAAAUUCAAAUUGGUCAAGACCGGGUCACCAUGGACCAUCUAAUUUAAGUUAUGCAAAAUGGGUGGACUGCUAUCUUCAUAGUAGAAUGCCUGAGGCUGCAGUUAGGGGUGGUACCGAUAUAGAUGGGCAACCAAUUUAUGUUGGUAGAUCCUUUCAUGAAGGUGAUUGGUUGCCGGCCAAAGUUAUUCCAGGACGACGUUGCUGCUAUGUUUCCUAUAAUGGAAAGGAAUACGCUAAGAGUACUUUUCAGGUUUUAUCACAUACAUCUGCACAUUGGGUUCCAGGAUUUGGGGGACAGGUGCCACAUAACGCGAUUGAAGGUGGUAGAACUGCUACUGGCGAAAAGCUUUAUAUCGGAAGAGUUAUGCAUCAACAUUCUCAAACUGUGGGCAAGAUACAUCCGAGUCACAGAAAUUGUUAUAUACCUUUCGAUGGAAGAGAAAUAGCAUAUGCCGCUUACGAUGUUUUGGUUUCUAGGAACUAGUGCUUAUCUGUUUACAAAGAGGUUAGACCCAUUUUAUUAUAUUGUAUACAAAAAUUACUAAAAAAUUAAUAAAAUAAAAUAAAUUUAAUAAAGUUAUUCCUAUAGACUAUUUCGUGAGUUAUUUAUAUUUAAUAAUUUGUAUAAAUAAAUUAUCUUCCAUAAA